GUUGAAGUAUUUAAUUCGAACAACCCAGAGGUUUCUCAUACCUUUGAACAAUAUAAUGCUCCUGCCUGUGUUAUAAAAACAGGUGAUUUUGUUCAAGUACGAACAGACAGUGGACGACAGCUUAUUACACAAGUGGAUACUGUUUGGACUAAUAAACAGGGUGUGUGUUACUUCAGUGGACCAUUAUUCAUUAUGCCACCUGAAAUUACUUAUUCUCCUCCUCGUUUGUUCUACAAACAAGAAGUUUUCCUCAGUACUGUAGAAGAUACAUAUCUUGUCGAGAACAUCUUGGGCAGAUGUGUUGUUCUGGAGCAUGGUCGCCCUACAGAAAUUCCAGAACAUGACGUGUAUGUCUGUGAAUCUCUGUACGAUGAAGCGCGACGUCAAGUUAAGAAAUUAACACGAGAAGGACUCAGGAAAUAUAACCAUAGUAAUGCUGUUACUGAAGAUGAAAUCUAUUUUUUCCGUCGCUUGAUCAAUCCUCCAAAGGUUGGCAGUGACUGCCUUCAGAGCCAGACUGAAAUGAAGACCCAAUUGACCCAUUAUGACAUGGCUCCCUCACCCUUGCUGCCCAAGAUCGGAGACCCUGAGAUGAUGCUGGAAGAUUCGUUGGAUGGGGGGCCUCCUUCUGUUGGAUCGGGUGAUAUUCCCACCCCUGUCUCCAUGGCCACACCCAUCUCCAAGAAGAAGACAUCUGGCAAGAAGCUGGUGACUGGCUACAUAUUAUAUUCAAGCGAUGUCCGUCGAACUGUAGCGGCCAACCAUCCAGACUCGAGCUUUGGAGAAAUAAGCCGGAUAGUUGGGAAUGAGUGGCGGAACUUACCAUCUCAUGAGAAACAGUCAUGGGAAGAGAAAGCUGCAAAAGUUAAUGAAGAGACUGCUGCGAAACAAGCGGAAGAAAUGUGUCCAAGUCCUGCAGCACCUUCCACUCCGAACCCAUCUCCUGCAAAUAACACUGUGGACAUAGUGUAUGAAUGUUGUUGGGAUAAUUGUGAUUGGCAAUUUGAAGAUAUUUCAGAUUGUACUGAGCACUGUGUUAAUGAAACUAAUGGUCAUGUGCAACAAUAUUUUGCAUCUAUAAAUCAAACUUCUGAUUCUGAAUAUCAGUGCCAGUGGAGAGGUUGUAUGCGAGUUAAAAAAGGGUCCUCUCCUUUCCCGAACUUGCAGCGCCUUACACGACAUGUGAAGGAGUUACACAUUCAGAAAGGGAAUGGGCGUCACAUUACUCCACAUGAAAAGACUCGGAAUUAUGUGCCAGCACGCAGAGGUGCUGUGUGUUCAACUCGACCUUUAAUUACUGUCUCUUCUCAGGGCUUUCAAACAAUGAGUAAUGGUGGCCAGACAAUUACAACCCAGCAAACAUUUUCACGCCAGACGCCAUCACCCUUGUCACAAGUUACUGGAGUGGUUGGAGGCACUGGGGGAGCAUGUGCUGGAACCGUGGCACCAGCACUGCAGCGACCAGUGGAGCCUCUGUUCGUGAGUGUACCUCCCCGACCCCAGAGACUAUUACAUUCAGAGGCAUAUAUAAGGUAUAUUGAAGGUUUGCAGGCUGAAAAUAAACAUAUUAGUCCUUGGGAAAAGCAUCUAAAAGCAACCCAAGAGAACACAGCUAUCCCUGACAUCAGUCGUCUUCCUGCAGAAUGGCUGGGUAAUGGAGUUGGAAACCAUGGCAAUAUUGUCAAUGCUUUGUGGACACUGAGGGACUUUAUGAUGAGAGAUGCACUGGGUAUUAAUAAAGUAUUGUAAUUAAAUUAAAGUUGAUUGUUGAUAUUGACAUGAGUCUGUGAGUGAAGGUCUUUUUCUAUUUUUAACGGUACAUGGAAAAUGUGAAUGUUUUAACGAGAAGACGUGUUUGUAGGCAAAUGUAUCUAAAUCUUUUCGUUUUGUACAAGCUGUACGUAUGUUCCUUGACAUUAUGAAAACAUUAAACAAUAAAAGUUAUCAUAAAUUACAUAAUGCAAAAAA